AGUACGAAAGAGAAAGAGGGUAAAUUGUUGGAUGGUCAUGGAAAGGCUGAACUCAAAUCUGUACCUCCAGAACUGUUACAUAAUGAAAGAGAACGAGAGGCUGAGGAAGAAAGCACAGGUUCUGAACCAAGAGAAUCAAGCCCUUUUGUGUGAGCUCAAACAGAAACUCUCCAAGGCCAAUAACUCCGAGGCCAAAAAAUCAGCAACCAAUAUACCUGAUCUCAACAUGAGCUCCACUUCUAACCCCAAUGCCCCUAGUUCUAGCCAACCCUGAUCCACCAGCAAGAGUAGACAUCAUGA